AGUUUGUAAUCAAAACGAAAAAGACGAAAGAAUCAACAAGGAUAGCAAGCAAUUAUAUUUCACAUCGAAGAUGAUCCAAAUCUGAGUAGAUCUUUUGUGGGGAAAAGAGAAUUCAGCAAUUCACAAAAGACGGAAGCAAUUCAGUGAUAUUAAAUUUCAAUUUUGAUUAAAAAAAAAGAAGCAGAAAAGGAACUACGGGAGAAGAAAAUCACAACUUGUGAUUGUUCAAGCAAUCGAAGCAAAAAAUAAAAGCAAACAAAAACAAGUCUCAUGACAUUUCAAGAUUUUUUAAUCUAUUAACGACAACCAACUGAAGCUAGAAACAACCAAUCAACGAACGAACCGACUUGAACGACAAAACAAGCAAUCAAGCAAGUCCACAGAGACUCGGUUCGACGUAAAAUGCAAUAUAAGGGCUCAUCGAUAGCACAUAAUCAAAAUGUGAAGAGAAAAUAUGCAAAUCAAACAAAUAAAAGUGGCAGGUCCAACUGCAGCAACAGCAGCAUAGACGCAUUAUCGAUCAAUAAUCACCAAACAUCAUCACACCGGAAAUGUGAAUUGCUCAGUAGUGAAAGUGAUAUUAGCUCCAUACAGAUUCAAUUACGUAACAAAUUAAACCGAAAUCGAAAUAAUGUGCACAGCGGUUAUGUGAAGCGAAAAGUUGGAUGGAGUUGUGCGGCGCUGGUGCUCAUAUGUUUAGUUGUUAAGCUGGAUUUAGUGAUUGGUGCUUUACCUCUAAAUUAUAAUUCUGUAAAUUAUUACAACAAAUCGAGUUAUGCGGUCGUUGACGACAGUGAUAUUGUGCCGUUCCUAGUUGAUGAUGAGACGAUUCGACUUGACGACCGACCAUCAUCGCGACCUUCAGUAAUAUAUCAGAAUGAGUUCGCUGUUUUUAUUCCGGGUGGCGUUGAGAAAGCAAACGAAAUUGCUGAGAAACAUGGAUUCACCAAUAUGGGACAGAUUGGUAGUCUCAAAAGCUACUACCUUUUCAAACACAGCCAUGUUAGGAAGCGUUCAUUGGAAUCGAACUCAACACAUCACGAACUUCUCAACAAAGAACCUGAGGUGCGAUGGGUCCAACAACAACAUGAAAAGAUUCGCAAGAAACGUGACUACCAAAAGGUCAGAUUUCCGGGCGUUACAAGUUCGCGCAUUUCAGAUCCGUUAAGUGUUUUAAGAAGCAUUGCAUCGCAGUCUCAAAUUCAAUAUCGUAACACCGAUUCUCAUCUUAUCUUCCCUGAUCCACUGUACAAAGAGCAGUGGUAUUUGAACGGCGGCGCCAAAGAUGGGCUUGAUAUGAAUGUUGGACCCGCAUGGCAAAAAGGAUAUACAGGAAAAGGAGUCGUCGUGUCCAUUCUUGAUGAUGGAAUUCAAAGGAAUCAUCCCGAUUUAGAUAAGAAUUAUGAUCCUCAAGCGUCUUAUGACAUUAACGGUAACGAUCCUGAUCCAAUGCCCCGUGACAAUGGCGACAAUAAGCAUGGGACAAGAUGUGCUGGUGAAGUUGCUGCCAUUGCAUUCAAUGACAUUUGUGGUGUAGGAGUUGCUUAUAACUCGAGAAUUGGUGGUGUUCGUAUGUUAGAUGGCACUGUUAACGAUGCUGUUGAAGCCAAAUCUCUUGGACUUAAUCCCGACCACAUUGAUAUUUACAGUGCCUCAUGGGGUCCCGAAGAUGACGGAUCCACCGUAGAUGGACCAGGUCCAUUAGCUAGACGAGCUUUUAUUUAUGGCGUGACAAGCGGUCGUCUAGGAAAAGGAUCAAUUUUCGUAUGGGCGUCAGGUAAUGGAGGUCGAUACACGGAUUCAUGUAAUUGUGAUGGUUAUACGAAUUCAAUUUUCACGCUGAGUAUUUCAAGUGCUACACAGGGAGGUUACAAGCCAUGGUAUCUUGAAGAGUGUUCGUCUACUCUCGCUACAACUUAUAGUUCUGGAACGCCAGGUCAUGAUAAAAGUGUCGCAACUGUUGACAUGGAUGGUGCUUUAAGACCGGAUCGUAUUUGUACAGUUGAACAUACUGGGACUUCAGCUUCUGCUCCGUUAGCUGCUGGUAUUGUGGCAUUGGCUUUAGAAGCAAACCCAUCAUUAACAUGGCGUGACAUGCAAUACUUAGUCGUUCUCACGUCGAGACCAGGUCCACUCGAGAAGGAAUCUGGUUGGAUUCUCACUGGAAGUAAACGCAAAGUUAGUCAUAAAUUUGGAUAUGGACUGAUGGAUGCUGGUGCAAUGGUUAGCUUAGCUGAAAAAUGGAGAACAGUACCAACUCAACAUAUUUGCAAAUCACGUGAAAUUAAUGAAGACAGACCCAUUGAAGGUUCGGUUGGCUACACACUGCAAACCCACAUGGAUGUCAACGGUUGUGCUGGAACUGUCAAUGAAGUGCGAUAUCUUGAACAUGUUCAAUGUAAAAUUACAUUGAGAUUUUUCCCGCGAGGGAACUUAAGAAUUUUAUUGAUAUCACCGUCGGGAACGACCAGCACUUUGCUGUUUGAUCGACCGCGUGACGUCACGAAAUCAAACUUUGACGAUUGGCCUUUUAUGAGCGUUCAUUUUUGGGGUGAAAAAGCUGAAGGACGUUGGUCACUACAGAUUAUCAACGGUGGAAAGCGACGAGUUAAUCAAGCUGGUGUGUUAGCAAGAUGGCAGUUAAUCUUUUAUGGUACACAAACCAACCCAAUUCGAUUAAAGUCUGACGACGACAGCACAGCACGUUCAUCUAUUGCUUCAAAUCCUUACAUCUCACCAACUGAAACGGAUCUCACACAAUCAUCAGUUGGCAGCAACUACUUCGGAAACAAUUUCAACGGUUUUGUUAAUUACCAGAAUCUAUUCUCCAGUGCUGGCUCAAGUGUUGAUAAAACUUAUGCAUCACUUGACGGUCACAAUAUUCCCACAUCACAGCGUGAGAACGUGAUGGCUGAUGCAAACAACAAACUGGUUAUAUUGCACGAUUGUGACCCCGAAUGUGACCAGCAGGGAUGCUAUGGCCGUGGACCAACUCAGUGUGUCGCCUGCAAACAUUAUCGUUUAGACAACACUUGCGUGUCUCGUUGUCCACCAAGAAGUUUUCCUAAUCAAGGAGGCGUUUGUUGGGCUUGUCACGAGUCUUGUGAGACAUGUGCUGGUGCGGGUCAAGAUUCUUGCCUAACAUGUGCUCCAGCUCAUCUUUACGUCAUUGACUUGGCUGUGUGUCUUCAAACAUGCCCUGACGGAUAUUUCGAAAAUUACGAGAAUAAGACAUGUAUACCAUGUGAAGCCAAUUGUGCAUCAUGUCAAGAUCGUCCCGAUUAUUGUACAAGUUGUGAACAUCAUUUGGUUAUGCACGAGCACAAAUGUUUUGCAGCUUGUCCUAAAAACACGUACGAGACCGAAGACUUCAAUUGUGCUGAUUGCCACUCAUCAUGUUCUUCCUGCAACGGAUCAUCAGAAUCGCAAUGCAUUCUCUGCAAACCAAAUCGAUUUUCACUCGAAGGAAAAUGUCUUAACAGCUGUCCCGAUGGAUAUUAUGGAGAUAAGAAAAGAAAAGAGUGCCUUCCAUGCUCAACUGGAUGUGCCACCUGUAGCAGCGACAAGUGCUUAACGUGUAAGCCUGAAUGGGUGAAGAACAAGAAGGACAAAUGUGUUACAAAAGGAAGUAACAACUGCGAUGAAUCGGAAUAUUUCGAAAACGGUAGAUGCCACUCUUGCCAUUCUACAUGCGAGACAUGCAUGGGCCCAACGGAGAACGAUUGCCUCACAUGCUCCAAUAACCUUCUCUUACAAAACAACAAAUGCGUCAGCACGUGCGAUAAAGGAUUCUUCAUGGAGGCGGGGAUCUGCACCCUCUGUUUACACACCUGUACACAAUGCGUCUCCCGAAUAAAUUGUACAGAAUGUGUGAAAGGAUUAGAGCUGCAAAGUGGCGAAUGCCGGGCAACGUGCGCCGAUGGCUAUUACAGUGACCGUGGCAGUUGUGUCAAGUGUUAUCUGAGUUGUGACACAUGCAGUGGUCCCCGUAGAGAUCAAUGUGUAAAAUGUCCACCAGGAUGGAAGCUCGCAGCUGGUGAAUGUCAUCCAGAAUGUCCUGAAGGAUUUUUUAAGACCGAUUUUGGUUGUCAAAAGUGUCACCAUUACUGUAAAACAUGCAAUGCUGCCGGACCAUUAGCAUGUACAUCCUGUCCGAAUCAUUUCAUGCUUGAAGGCUCGCUUUGUACAGAAUGCCUUAGCAUGCAAUAUUACGAUCCACCCACGCAAACCUGCAAAACAUGCCACGAAUCAUGUCGGUCAUGUAGUGGUCCAGGACAAUAUUCUUGUGUCAUGUGCGCUUUUCCAUUGCACUUGGAUCGCCUAAACAAUCAAUGUGUGCCUUGUUGUGCAACCGAAGCAACACCCGAAGACCAAAGCUGCUGUCAUUGUGAUAAAGAUACAGGUGAUUGCAUCAACUCUUCACCUGCUGGCAAGCGUCGUAUUGCCAAUGAAAAGGAAAUUUCGCAGCUGACCGACGAGGGAAACUUAUUUAAUGGUGAUGCUGCCCUAAUGGAUGGUUCUGUCGAUAACAACGCAAGCUCAAUGGAUCAAAUGAAAUCACCGAUGGCAUUUGUUGCUCUUGUCGCUUUAGCAAUUUGCUUCGUUUCUAUUAUUAUCUUUGUUACCAUCUUUACCGUUCUACAGAGAAACAAGCGUCAAUCAGCUUAUGAAGGCAUCAGAUAUGAUAAACUGGGAGGAUCAGGAGAAGCUGACAAACGGAACAUGAACCUUAGACCCACAGAAUCGUUGAUGUCAACUGACGAUGUUGAAUUGAAUCACGAAAAACUUGAACAGGCUUAUAGCGAAUUAAAUCUAGAAGAAGAGGAAUGUGACGAUGAUGAAGAUAACGAGAGUGAAGAGACGCGCUUCAUAAACAAUAAACGAAGUAGCUUUUACACAUCAUCAGAACGAACAUGAUCCAACAUUAACAAACAAAUUAUUCUGUAAAUUUUUAAAGAGUCUCAAAAACAAAAACACAUUUUUUUACUUAUACAAACAACAACAAAAACAAAGCCCAGAAAAUCUGUGACUGUUUCCCCCAAUUUUUUUCUCUCUUAUUUUUUAUGAAUGUGAAUAAAUUUUUAAUGUUAAUUAUGGAGCGAAUGUGUCAUUUGACUGAAAGGUGUUAAAUGGAUAUAAAAAAUUCUUUUAUUAACACAAUGGCGAUUUACGUAAAUGAUGUCAGAAGCUUUUUUUUAUAUAGAAAAGAAGAAAGAAAUUAAACUUUUUCAAGAACAAAUUGCUUUACAAAAGCAUCUCUGAUGGGAGAAAAGAACAAAUUAAGGGAAUAAAGCAUUUCUAACGUCUUUUACGGAUGUCGCCUAUGUAACUACAUAUGAGAAAAAUGAAAAAAUAUAUAAAAAAUUUUUUUUUGAAAAAGAAAACCGAAAAAAAUAAAAAAAAAAUCAUUAAAAGGAAAAUUUUUGUUGCUAAAGAAAAAGUUUAAAUUUUCAGAGAAAUCUUUUGCCAUAAAAUGUACUGAAAAUAGCACCCAAAGCGACAUUCAAAAAGCAAUCAAAGGAAAGAUUGUUGAAAGUAAAUCGUUCAGACUACAUUCAAAAGAGAUCCCUUUUUCCUUAACUCUUACUGUUGCCGCGUCUUGCAUUGAAAAUUGGUUGAGCUUAUGAGUUUUUAUUAGAGUCAAAGUUGGCACAAGAAUUUUUCUUCAAUUUUCACGCCACUUAGAAUCUGAGUAGAUUUUCUUUCAUUUCUGAAUGACUGUCGU